ACUAAGAUCUCUGUAGUCAGUCAUUCCUAGUUGUUCGUGUUAUUCGUGAAGUCGUGCUGAGAGUAACAAAGUUUUUUACUUAUAAAAAAAAAAAAAAAAAAAAAAAAAAAAAAGGAAUACUUAUAUAUUUUAAUUUGGAAUUCUAUAUUCAUUUUACAAAAGAUCAUUUAUAUGAAAAAAAUGAAAAGAGUUAAAGCGCUACUUUUAUUAGGCUUAAUAACUUUUGCUUUUGCAAAAGAAGAAAAACAAAAAGAAGAUAUUGGAACUGUCAUUGGAAUUGAUUUAGGCACAACAUAUUCUUGUGUUGGAGUUUAUAAAAAUGGAAGAGCAGAAAUUAUAGCUAAUGAUCAAGGAAAUAGAAUUACACCAUCAUAUGUGGCAUUUACUGCUGAUGGUGAACGAUUAAUUGGAGAUGCUGCAAAGAAUCAAUUGACUACAAAUCCUGAAAAUACAGUUUUUGAUGCCAAACGAUUAAUUGGCAGAGAAUGGUCAGAUCCUACUGUACAACGUGAUAUUAAAUCCUUUCCAUUUAAAGUAAUUGAAAAGAAUAGUAAACCGCAUAUAAGAAUGGUAAUUAAUGGUGAAGAGAAGGUAUUUGCACCUGAAGAAAUUUCUGCUAUGGUACUUGGUAAAAUGAAAGAAACAGCAGAAGCAUAUUUAGGCAAAAAAGUUACUCAUGCUGUAGUCACUGUACCAGCUUAUUUUAAUGAUGCACAAAGACAAGCUACUAAAGAUGCAGGAACUAUUUCUGGACUUGUUGUUAUGAGAAUCAUUAAUGAACCUACAGCUGCUGCAAUUGCUUAUGGUUUAGAUAAAAAAGAUGGAGAAAAAAAUGUAUUAGUUUUUGAUUUAGGCGGUGGUACUUUUGAUGUCAGUUUACUUACAAUUGAUAAUGGAGUAUUUGAAGUUGUGGCAACAAAUGGUGAUACUCAUUUAGGUGGUGAAGAUUUCGAUUUACGCGUGAUGGAUCAUUUUACGAAAUUAUAUAAAAAGAAAAAAGGCAAAGAUAUUCGUAAAGAUAGUAGAACAUUACAAAAAUUACGUCGUGAAGUUGAGAAAGCUAAAAGGGCACUCAGUGUUAGCCACCAAGUGAGAAUCGAAAUUGAAUCUUUUUUCGAAGGUGAAGACUUUUCUGAGACUUUAACACGUGCCAAAUUUGAAGAGUUGAAUAUGGAUCUUUUCCGUAGUACUUUAAAACCUGUACAGAAAGUUUUGGAAGAUUCUGAUAUGAAUAAAAAAGAUGUAGAUGAAAUUGUACUCGUUGGAGGUUCUACUAGAAUUCCUAAAGUUCAACAAUUAGUUAAAGAAUUCUUUGGUGGUAAAGAACCAUCACGAGGUAUUAACCCUGACGAGGCUGUUGCAUAUGGUGCUGCUGUGCAAGCAGGUGUACUUUCUGGAGAACAAGAUACAGAUGCUAUUGUACUUCUGGAUGUCAAUCCACUUACUAUGGGUAUUGAAACUGUUGGAGGUGUAAUGACUAAACUUAUUCCAAGAAAUACUGUAAUUCCGACGAAAAAAUCGCAAAUCUUUUCUACUGCAUCAGACAACCAACAUACAGUAACCAUUCAAGUAUAUGAAGGUGAACGUCCAAUGACAAAAGAUAAUCAUCCUCUUGGUAAAUUUGAUCUUACUGGUAUUCCACCAGCACCACGAGGAAUACCACAAAUUGAAGUUACUUUCGAAAUCGAUGCUAAUGGAAUUCUUCAAGUAUCUGCUGAGGAUAAAGGAACUGGAAACCGUGAAAAAAUUGUUAUUACCAACGAUCAAAACCGCCUUACACCUGAUGAUAUAGAAAGAAUGAUAAAGGAUGCAGAGAAAUUUGCAGAUGACGAUAAAAAAUUAAAAGAACGAGUAGAAGCACGUAAUGAACUCGAAUCGUAUGCAUAUUCCUUGAAAAAUCAAUUGGCCGAUAAAGAAAAACUUGGUUCAAAAGUUAGCGAUUCCGAUAAGGCAAAAAUGGAAGAAGCUAUUGAUGAAAAAAUUAAAUGGUUAGAAGAAAAUGCAGACACUGAUCCAGAAGAAUAUAAAAAACAAAAAAAAGAGUUAACAGAUAUUGUUCAGCCUAUUAUUGCUAAAUUAUAUCAAGGUGCAGGUGGUGGAGUUCCACCAACUGGUGGAGAUGAUGAAGAUCUGAAAGAUGAGCUUUAACUAAGAAAUGAUCAAUAUAUAUUCGUCCUAAUUUAGACUGAAUUAACACAGUCUCAUGCAAUAUUGCAGAGAUUAAUACGUCGUUGAUACGUCGAAUAUAAAAAGACUGAUCGACGAACGUUUGUUAUUCAUUAAGUUAUCAGAAGUAAACAAUACAUAGUUAUGGAAAUCAUUCUGUGUAUUGUUCUAUAAUGAAUUUAUCAGUAAUAGUCAUCUUGAUCUUCUUGAUGAAAAAAACGUACAUCUAAUUAAAGAAAUUUUAUUGCUGAGAAUAGCUUAAUUAGUUUUCGCAUAAGAUUCUGCGCGUUAAUUUAUUUGAAUUAAUUGUUUUUGUAUGUUUUAUUAUAUAUAAUCAAAUAAGCAGUUGUGUAAUUCGCGUUACAGAUUUUGCAAUGUAUGUAUGAACAAGAAUGAAUGUGCAAGCGGGUAUGACUUGCGUCUAUUACUGCCUGUAGAAAAACUAUAUCGUACUAUGUACAAUAUAGGAAUUCUGUAUGAAUGAAUGAUGUCAUAUGUAUCAGUAUCAUGGAAAUAAACAUUUUUUCAGUAAAUCAUAAUAAA